CCGACAUCUGCGACGCCAUCUUCUAGCAUUUAUCUGGAAGGAGGACAGAUACUCCAUCAAGCGGAGUGACCGAAGCGUGUCAUGAUGAGCGGAGCUAAAGCCCGCAGCGACGCGCCUGUUGCUGAAAAUGUCUCCGGCAGCGGGCACAGCUCUGCGGCUCCCCCGCGGGACCGUAAACCCAGCGGAGGGGUGCUGAAGCGGCUCAAGUCCCGGAGGAGCCAGGUGGACAGCAGGCCCGUCACGGAGGAGGAACUGCGGGCACAGAGCGGCCACAUCACGCCUGAGGAGGUUUUAGGACUGCGGGUGGCUACGCGAGGGUACCUCUGUAAACCCGAGGACAAUAUCUACAGCAUCGACUUCAUCCGCUUCAAGAUCAGAGACCUGGAGACAGGCACCGUCCUGUUUGAGAUCGCCAAACCUCCACAUUCGGAGGACGAUGAGGAGAACAGAGAGGGAGAUGCCAGUGCUGGCCGGUUCGUACGCUACCAGUUCACCCCAGCCUUCCUACGACUCAGGACUGUGGGAGCCACAGUGGAAUUCACAGUUGGGAACCGACCUCUAAACAAUUUCCGGAUGAUCGAGAGGCACUAUUUCCGUGAUCAUCUGUUGAAGAGCUUUGACUUUGACUUUGGCUUCUGUAUCCCAAACAGCCGCAACACUUGUGAGCACAUCUACGAGUUCCCUCAGCUGUCUGAAAGCCUGAUCCGUCAGAUGGUGGAGUGUCCUUACGAGACCCGAUCAGACAGCUUCUAUUUCGUCGACAACAGACUGGUCAUGCACAACAAGGCAGACUAUGCUUAUAACGGAGGCCAGUGAUGCCUGCCUACACACAGGUCCACACACACACACACACACACACAUAGAUAUA